AUUUUUUGGGUUCGUCUCUCGCAGUAGAAACGGAGGAAGCAGACGGAAUGCUGGUUUGGGUAAACGGGCAGCAUAGCCUCACGUGUACUCGGGUACUUUGGUUGCCGUCUGUACUUCGUAGUACUUUUCUCAGUAUACUCCGUUGAUGUCCUCCAAGGCUCGCCACAAGUGCAUUGUCUGGUUGUUGGGAUCGCGACGGGGCCUGGAAGUCGUCACGGGCUCCAUUAUUGUAGUCCUUUUCCUCAACCCCAGAACCAGAGAGUAUUUGACUGUCUAAGCAUUACCCAAUUAACUUGAUUUAUUACCUCGCUUCCUAAUAAAUAAUUCCGAAUUAUUCCAUUAUCGUUUAGGGUGAUCGGGCGCUGGUCUUACUCGUACAUUUUCCGAAGUGGCAUUAUCCUUACCGUUUCCCCCCUCCGUGUCAACAACGAGCCCCGCGACACCCUUCCAACCCAAGUUCCAACCCUCUCCAUCGACCAUCUCCUCCACCUCCCUAACCACCUCCUUCUCUUUCCCCCCACACACCCACACAUCCACGCAUCCACACCCCAAAUUAACGGUUUGCAGUUUCCUCUCAGCCAGAUUUCUUCAUUUCCUUCGCUUUGGAUUUGUUUGCUCGGCUCCCCCCCCCCCUCCUCCGCCCAUCAUGGACGGCGACGAGCUGAUUGCCUCGGUCUACCGCAAGAUCGAGCGGGAGAAGGCCCUCAUCGCCGCCGCCAGUAACAUGCGACAGUCCACCGACAAUGUCCUAGUGCAACAGCGGGUCGAUGCCAAUAUCCGCGAUGGCCGUAAGAACAUCGCCUACCUCGAGGAGAAGAUGCGAGAGCUGCAGCUUCGUCAAAUGGAGCGGGAAGGCGGCGGCUCCCCUCAUGACUCUCGUCACCAGCAAGCUGGAGGGCCACCGCUUCCCCCAAAAGAUUCUCCGGGUUACGUGGGUGGUGAAGGCCAUGCGCUUUAUCCUCAGGGCGGCGCGGGGUCGAUGCCUGCGGGAGCCCCGUUUUCUGACCCCCGGCCCUACGCUCCGAUUCCCAAGGCGCGGCCAAAUUACACAAAGCUCGAUCUUAUCAAAUAUGACACUCCCUAUCUCGGCCCGAAGAUUCAGCUCAUGCUGUCUCAACUAGAAUUCAAGCUGAGCGUGGAGAAACAAUACAAGGCGGGUAUCGAGAAGAUGGUCCGGCUGUACCAAGAUGAGGGUGAUCGGAAGAGCCGCGCCGAUGCCGAAGGCCGUCGCGUUGAAAGUAACCAGAAGAUUCAGUUGCUGAAGCAGGCCUUGAAGCGAUAUGAGGAUCUUCACGUUGACAUCGAAUCUUCCGAUGCUGCAGACGAUGAGUCGCUUAGCAGCCCCAACAUGCGCAAGCCCUUGACCGGUCUUCUCACGAUGCGAAUUCAUGCCGUCAAAGAUGUCGACCAUGCUACCAGCUCACGAUUCUCCCGCGGUCCCGAGACUUUCGUUAUUGUCAAGGUGGAAGAUGCAAUCAAAGCCAGGACAAAGGCUACUCGAAACGAUAAAUGGCUGGAUGAAUCUUUCUCUAUUGAUAUUGAUAAGGCAAAUGAGAUCGAACUGACUGUUUACGACAAGUCUGGAGACCGCCCAACACCUAUUGGCAUGCUCUGGGUGCGCAUCUCCGAUAUCGCAGAGGAGAUGCGUCGCAAGAAGAUCGAGACUGAGCUAAAUGCCUCCGGAUGGGUUUCGGCGGACAAAAUGGAUGGGUCGGGCACUCCCCGAUCUGAUCACCACCCAGGAUCUCAGGGCUCCUCACAUGGUGGACCGGGUGGUGCCAACUUCGGUACAAUGGCGCCUCCUGGUGGUAAUCCACAUGGCGACAACCCGAAUGCGCCUCCGACAGUGAUGAUUGAUUCAUGGUUUGCUUUAGAGCCAUUUGGUCGUAUCCAACUCCAGAUGAGCUUCGCCAAGCAACUGAAGGAUCGUCGUCCAUUCGACAUUGGUCUCAAUCGACAGGGUGCUGUUCGGCAGAAGAAGGAAGAGGUCCACGAAAAGCAGGGUCACAAGUUCGUCACCCAGCAGUUCUACAACAUCAUGCGCUGUGCGCUGUGUGGAGAUUUCCUCAAGUACGCCGCGGGUAUGCAAUGCGCAGACUGCAAGUAUACUUGCCAUCGUAAAUGCUACCCGAAGGUUGUUACCAAGUGUAUCAGCAAAGCAAACUACGAGACCGAUCCCGACGAGGAAAAGAUCAACCAUCGGAUUCCCCAUCGUUUCGAAGGCUUCUCCAACCUUUCUGCCAAUUGGUGUUGUCACUGCGGUUACUUGCUGCCGUUUGGACGCAAGAAUGCCAAGCGUUGUACCGAAUGUGCGCUUACUUGCCACGCUCAAUGCACACAUCUUGUGCCUGAUUUCUGUGGCAUGUCGAUGGAAGCCGCAAACCAGAUCAUAGACGCUCAGAUUCGCGCAAAGCAUCACAACAAAUCUACAUCUGUCAGUUCUGGUCUCAGCGGUCGUACCCUUCGACCAGGCGGUCCGCCGCAACCCCCUCCUGACAAUACCGCCCUUUCCUACCCCCACAAACCCACCAACGGCCCCUACGGGGCGCUUCCUAGACUGCCCUCAGCCGAAGCGGUAAGCGCUGCGACUAACUCUUAUAUGACUCCACAGUCACCAAUAGCUGCUAUCCAAACCGGUCGUCAACCGUUGUCACCGAAAACGCCCCCCGCUGCGUCUACUGCACAGGCUGCGGCGACCGUUGCGACAGGACGAACCCCUGUGCAACCCCCAACGGAAGCGGCUCGCCCUCCAGUGCAGCCACAACAACCUCCAUCACAUGCCCACUAUGACCCAGGCUCCUAUGUUAACUUCCAGCAACCGCCUCCGGUUCAGCAGAUUCAGAAGCCCAGUGGGCCCGCUCCCUACCCCAUGCCCCCGCCCCAGCAACAGGUGCAGGCUAUGCCACCUCAGAUAGCCCCGCCGCACAAGGAGCCAGAAUCACCCGUCGUCCAGUCCAAGGCUCGUAUUGGAUUGGAUCAUUUUAACUUCCUUGCCGUGCUUGGUAAGGGUAACUUCGGAAAGGUCAUGCUGGCUGAAACAAAGAGCACUCGGAAGUUGUAUGCCAUUAAGGUGCUGAAGAAAGAGUUCAUCAUCGAGAACGACGAGGUGGAGAGCACCAAAUCUGAGAAGCGUGUCUUCUUGAUUGCCAAUAAGGAGCGACACCCUUUCCUCUUGAAUCUGCACGCUUGUUUCCAAACGGAGACUCGUGUAUACUUUGUUAUGGAGUAUAUCAGUGGUGGUGAUCUGAUGCUUCACAUUCAGCGUGGUCAAUUCGGAUUGAAGCGGGCACAGUUCUAUGCUGCGGAGGUCUGCCUGGCUCUCAAGUACUUCCACGAGAAUGGCGUCAUUUACCGUGAUUUGAAGCUGGACAACAUUUUGCUCACCCUUGAUGGCCACAUCAAGAUUGGUGAUUACGGUCUUUGCAAGGAGAACAUGUGGUACGGCUGCACCACUAGUACCUUCUGUGGUACUCCUGAGUUCAUGGCUCCCGAGAUUUUGCUGGACAAGAAGUAUGGUCGCGCUGUGGAUUGGUGGGCAUUUGGUGUCCUCAUCUACCAGAUGCUCCUGCAACAGUCUCCCUUCCGUGGUGAAGACGAGGACGAAAUCUACGAUGCCAUUCUCGCAGAUGAGCCCCUCUACCCCAUUCACAUGCCUCGUGAUUCCGUCUCAAUCCUGCAGAAGUUGCUGACCCGUGAGCCCGAGCUGCGUCUGGGCUCCGGCCCCACUGAUGCUCAAGAGGUCAUGUCGCACGCCUUCUUCCGGAACGUUAACUGGGAUGAUAUCUAUCACAAGCGGGUUCCUCCUCCCUUCAUCCCUACCAUCAGCAGCCCCACGGACACCAGCAACUUCGACCAGGAGUUCACCAGCGUGACUCCCGUCCUGACACCCGUGCAGUCCGUGCUGUCACAGGCUAUGCAGGAAGAGUUCCGCGGCUUUUCCUACACCGCCGACUUUGCUUGAUUGCGUGUGUUGUUGAAAACCGCCAUGUUAUCUUUCCGCCCGAGCACCUGUUCAUCCACUCGGCAAUGAGUCGAUUCGACGGGACCUGACAGCGUCACGUCCGGAUCCACACUGCCGCGUGCGAGGUAAUCCACUUCGUAAUUCCGCGCUGAAUAACUCUAUUUCUCUUCGAAUCGCCCUGCUCUACAUACCCAUCGCAGUUGUUACCCAUCGCAGUUGUGUUUGGUUUAGCGAUCGGCGUAGACGCCGACUCUAACCGUUACCCUUAAGCAUUAAGCAUGCUUCGUUUGCUGAAUGAUAUGAGUAAUGGAGCAACGCUGUUCUUUUUCUGUUGCUGUGUUUAUCAUCUGUUUAUCUAAAUUGCUUGUUCUUUUGUUUCUUGAUUUAUCUCUCUAUCCCUAUCCGGCGAAUCAUGUUCUCGUUAAUUUCUUCGUUCCCAGCGCCGGAUCCACGACUGUUCUGCGCCAUGCUGGGUUUGUCACCAAGGAGGAGGUCCGGGGUGGUGACUUGGAUGACUCUCGAGCAACUGUCAGUCACCGAGAUGAAUCCACUAAAUGGCUGGUUACGAGUGGCAUGAACGAAUAGGCAUGUGGUGCACUUUCAACCCAAAAAAGUCGAGAUGAUGAUGACGAUGUCGUUGCAUGAGUGGGUCUGAGGAUUGGCGUAACUUCAUCUACUAUUUCUCUUCGUUUCUUCGUUAUUUUCUCCUGUUUUCUUUCGUCCAAGGAUGCCAGCGCAUGUGUUGCCGGGUCUGGGGCUGCGCUCCUCUUGAAUGGUUCUGCCCUCAUGUUGUUGGAUGAGUAUCUGAUUCCCAUAGCUCUGUGAGCAAGAGAUGCAAAUACGAACUAAUACAUCCUGUUCUUUUUAUGUUAAAUUGUGGGACUUGUGGUCGUAUAUCCAGAAAAA